CGAGAACCCUCAGAUACGAGUCAAUCUGAUCGGCACUCCUGGCAUCAAGUGGCAAUGCCCUCUCGAAUUGUGACAGGUAGAGACACCGCUUUGCCUUCUCGUCGAGAUUCGUGUCGAUCGACUCUAUGUACCGCACGACCGACGAGGGGCCGGCACAUUGGGCAGGAGUAGCAAUCUUGCCAUGGUGAAGCUGCGACUGAAGUCCCGCGGCUUGUCCAUGACGGGCGCCGGUAUGUCGGCAGGUGCGGGCGGCACAACAGCGGAUCCACCUUGAUGGUAUGGGUUCUGCGAGAGCUCCUGGAACUCCUCAGGCGGGACGACCGCUGCCAUAGGCUGGCGAGGGCGAGAGGGGGUCUGGGUGGUGGCAGGGGGACACGCACUGCUGGUCGUCGCUGCACCGCCGGCCGAUGACUGACGGGUAGCAGCCGCCCGUGCAGUGGUGUCCUGGGCGGGGGGUGGCGGGUCGGUGAUGACCCAGUCACCGUCGGUGGCCUCCUCGCCAAGCAUGCGGGCCUGGUGUUUCUUGGCCGCCCUGCGGGCCCUGCUGCGAGUGCCGCCGAAGUCGACGAAGCCCAGCUCGUCGUGCAGUGGCGUGACGGCCAUCUCGCGGCUGGCGGCGUCCUGCCAAAGGACCUCGGGGUCGUCUGAUGGGCGGCAGGGAAUGGGACCAGGGGCGGUCUCCAGGUCGCGGCGGAACAAGAACAUGCCGCUGGUGGUGCUAAUGAUAACACCGGGCGUCCAGGGGACAGCUGCGACGCCUAAACAGUGCCGACGGGUGUUGCUGCUGUUGGUUGCUGCUGCUGCUGGGAGCUGCUGGAGCUGCUGCUGCUCUUAUGCGCUGCGUGGCGCUUUGGUGUUGUGGAAACGGG